AUAAAUGAAUGUACCAGUUCCCCAUGUGUGAACGGAGGCACUUGUCAUGAUAUUAUAAAUGGAUACACAUGCACGUGCGCUUCAGGAUAUACUGGGAACGAUUGUGAAACUGAAUUACAGUGUGCUCAGGGCUGGUCAAAGUAUCAGUCAUCUUGUUAUAGGCUUGAAGCGACAAAGGAAAAUUAUUCCAAUGCAACGGGUAUCUGUGUAAAUCUUGGUGGUCAUCUUGCUGACGUCACAUCUCAGGAUGAAAUGGACUUUUUAGAAGAUCUUUACAGGCAGUCACAUUCCACAUCAGAGGUUGAUGGCGUCUGGGUUUCUACUACCGACAUAAAAGUAGAGAAUGAGUGGGUGUUGUCUGAUGGUUCGGCGGCGUCUUAUCUCAACUGGCACACCGGGCAACCAGACAAGGAAUUUGACUACGACGACUGUGUCCAGGUGUGGCCGAAUUUAGGUUUCCAGUGGAAUGAUGUGUACUGCAUUUACAGUUACUGGUUUUAUUGCGAAUAUGAGCUGUAAUUCUCCUUAUAUCUGGAACUGUCAAACUGUAACCCUGUGUGUGCCUAGAACUAUCGAGCUGUUACCAUACAUGUUUAUAUCUAGAACUAUCGAGCUGUUACCAUACAUGUUUAUAUCUAGAACUAUCGAGCUGCUACCAUACAUGUUUAUAUCUAGAACUAUCGAGCUGUUACCAUACAUGUUUAUAACUGUGACUUAAUUUUCUAGAACUACACAGAUAUAUAAGUGUUAUUUUUUCCUAGUAAAGUUAACUGUAUAUCAAAGUUUCUUUAUCUAAAUUAGCAAGUAUGUACAUGUAUUUUUAAUCCAGUGAUAUCUGUAUGAGCCAUAACGUAGCGAAACAUAUAUGAGUGGGCACAAAAACAAAAUCAAAAUUAAGAUAACACAUAUUAAUGUGGGACUUUCUUUUUACCUUUAAAUGUGAACAAUCUAUCUUUACUAUUUCAAAAAAUAUCUUCAGUCACCGGACGCGUUUAUAUAAAUUAUGUGACGUCAACAAACGUCAUGAAAGCAGUGUGACAUCGUCAUGCAUGGCAUGUACAUUUCGUGACAUUGAUGCGACAAAUUACUUGUUUCAUGUUUGAAUUUUUAGAAACUGUUUACAGAAAAAAAAAUGACGUAACCGUAAAUUGUUAGUUUCGUCUCGAACAUUUUAGUUCUUACCCUUUGGCUUCUCAUGAUGCAUGGAAUGUUUUGAAAAACAAUACAAAUAACAUUUAUUUGUAAAAUAUCGUAGAAUUUGUUUG